CGCUAGUCACACUCCCACCCCUCUCUAAAGGCUUGAGUACUCUACCCACUGGCUGAGAACCAUUACCACGCCUGGCACAAUUGUCGCCAGGUCAGACAAGGAUUGCUAGCAAGAGAGCAAGGAGGUGUCAAUGGCGGACGAGCAGUACUUCGCUGGCCCGUGCGGGGCGCCACAUGGGCUGCUGCUGGCGGUGGUGGUGGGGCUACUGGUUGCGUGGCCGCUUUUCGUGGGUGCCCGCGGCAAGGCGGUCACCGAUGCCAUCGCCGAGCUGCUCGGCCCCGUGGGCCUGCUCCUCCUCCCCGUCGGGCUCCUCCUCCUCAUCAGCCUCCUCUCCUCGGAUUGCGGCCCUGGCGUGUUCGCGUUCGGCGGCUCGCCCGACGCCGUGCACCACGUCGGGGGAUCCCCCAUCGGCGUGGCGGUCAUGCUGAUCCUCAUCCUCGCCCUUCUCUACUACCGGUCCGUGCUCUUUGGCGGCGGCGGAGACGACGAGUAAGCGCCUGCCAGUAGGUAGAGUCUCAUCUCGGGGUGGCUGGCUGGUCUGGUUGGUUGGUACUAGAGUCUAAUGCCAGCAGUAAAUAAGUGACAACUUUGCGUUUAACCUGUUCCAAGUGUUGCAUUCCAAUCUUGGUCCAACUGGCAUCCAUCUCUCCCGAAGACAAAAAAAGUUGGAACUGAA